AUGCAAAGUGUUAACAAUUUUUCACACGAUAAGAUCAAGGAUAAUCGUAUACGGACAGUGUACACAUACCAACAAAUAUAUGCUUUAGAGGCGGAGUACACAGCAAAUAAGUUUGCGAAAGGUGCGCGACGAAAACAAAUCGCACAACGUAUUGGAAUGCAGGAAAUACAAGUGCGAACUUGGUUUAAAAAUAGAAGAGCGAGAGAAAAGAACGAGAACUUCAAAACCACAACUACUAGCGCACCGAUAGAACAAAGUACCGUACCAGCUUAUCAACAUACCUCUUUAAAGAGGUCAAGAACUGACGAUCUGAACUCAUUCAAAGCGAAUAAUCUCAAUCAAUCAAAUUGGAUACUGCCGCCACCUGCUUGUCAACAUAGCUCAACAAUUGAGAACGAGAUUAUGGGGUUCACUGAGAAUGAUCUCAAUCGAUCAAAUUGGAUUCAGUCAUCACCCGCUUAUCAACAUUCCUCAACAACUGAGAACGACAUUAUGGGGUUCACUGCGAAUGAUCUCAAUCAUUGGAUUCAGCCACCAUCCGCUUAUCAACAUACCCCAACAACUAACGAUCUGAACGUUUUUGAACAUAUCUCAACUGACGAUUACAACUACAUCAUGGAAUUUAUUGGGAAUAAUCCAUCAGAUUGUAUUCAGCCACCGCCCGCGAAAAAACCUAAGAUACAGACAUUGGAGCAAUUGGUGCUUCAUCCGGAUACAAAUUGCUGGAUACGAAUUUAA